GUCUCGUGCCGCCGAUUUUCUUAACCUUCCCAGAUUUCGAUCCAAUAUUGGUUUCCUAGGGUUUUUGAUUGAAAAAAUUUCUUGCCGUAAUGGAAAGAUCGGGGGUUUCUGAUCAGCAUACCGAUUCAAGAUACCCUUUCGAUUAUCAGAAACUAGAAGCCGAGACACCUCGCUCGUGGAACGCCGGUGAUUUCGACCGGCGAUUCGCGUUUUCCCGGCAAACUUCGUUUCGCCAGUCCGGUGAACAGCCUCCUCACACGCCAGUAUCGAUAAUUACUAACAAUCAUUCUUCGAAGAAGCCUAUACUUUCUCGUACUUCAUCUAAGAUUGACAUAUUUCCGACAACGAAGGUUUUUCCGCAGCAACGGGAAUAUGGAGGUGAUAGAAUAUGGAUGGAAGAAGAUUUUUCCUCUUUCAGUAAAAGUGAAAAGUUUUCAAUUUCAGCCUUUCUUCUUUCUUUCUAUAAUGCUAUUAGAUCGGGAAAUAGGCCGAUGAAGAGACUGGUUUUGUUGAUUUCACUUAACGUGGCCUGUUCUACUGCCGAAUUGCUUAUUGGUCUUCUAUCGGGUCGAGCAGGUUUGGUAUCAGAUGCAUUUCAUUUGACGUUUGGCUGUGGCCUUUUGACAUUUUCUUUAUUUGCCAUGGCUGCUUCUAGGAGAAAGGCUGAUCGAAUCUACACUUAUGGGUACAAAAGGCUAGAAGUUUUAUCAGCUUUUACCAAUUCUCUAUUUCUUUUGUUUAUGGCGUUUUCCUUGGCUGUUGAAGCACUUCAUGCUUUUGUACAAGAUGAAUCUGAGCACAAGCAUUACUUGAUCAUUUCUGCAGUAACUAACCUGUUUGUGAAUCUCAUUGGCAUUUGGUUCUUCAGGAGUUAUGCUCGUGUUAGUCUUGUUUAUAGAAAUGCUGAGGAUAUGAACUACCACUCAGUUUGCUUGCAUGUUGUUGCUGAUUCCAUUCGUAGUGCAGGUUUGAUUUUGGCAUCUUGGCUAUUGAGCCUUGGAGUUGAAAAUGCUGAAGUUUUGUGUUUAGGAUUAGUUUCAUGUUCUAUUUUUAUGCUUGCGAUGCCACUCUUCAAAACAAGCAGUGGCAUCCUUCUUCAAGAGUCACCACCCAGUAUUCAUUCCUCUGCAUUGGCCAAAUGCUGGAGACAGGUGGCGUCUCUUGAAGAUGUUGAAGUAUCUGAAGCGCGGUUUUGGGAAUUCGUGCCAGGUCAUGUGGUUGGAUCAGUAUCACUGCAGGUGAAAGAGGGGGUGGAUGAAAAAGCGAUAGUUGGUUUUGUACGUGAUUUGUAUCAUGAUUUAGGAGUACAAGAUUUCACACUUCAGUUGGACACGUCAGCAUGAGCCAGAUUAUCAUCUCAUGAAUCAUAUUAUAAGAAAAUACUCCUAUUAAAUAGUAAAUUUCAUGACAUCUUAUAGUGCGCACAUACAUGAGUUCCAAUAAUUUGAUGGGCUAAAAAUGAAUAUAAAAAAACCUCUAAAUUAGGA